AUGGCAUGGCGCUGCUCCGGCCGCACCAACGCGGAACUGAUCCAAAACCUAUUCACCCAAGGCCUAAUCCAGGCCCCGCGCGUCCGCGAUGCCAUGGCCGCCGUUGACCGCGCGCACUACUGCCCUUCCUCCCCCCACGCCGCGUACGAAGACUCGCCCCAGCCCAUCGGCUUCGGCGCCACCAUCUCCGCCCCACACAUGCACGCGUCGGCCUGCGAAUCGCUGCUGCCAUUCAUGCCAGAGAAUCAGGGCGCCAAAGUGCUAGAUAUAGGGUCCGGAAGCGGGUACCUGACGCACGUGCUCGCGACGAUCGUGUGCGGCGCUGAUGGCACCGGCGCGGGAAAAGUCGUGGGUAUUGACCACAUCAAAGGCCUGGUCGAUAUGUCGCGGGAGAACAUGCAACGCAGCAAAGAGGGACGGGCGCUGCUCGAGUCCGGCAAGGUCGAACUCGUGAAGGGUGAUGGCCGCAAGGGAUAUCCCGAAGGCGGACCUUAUAAUGCGAUUCACGUCGGCGCGGCGGCCAAGGAAAUGCACCAGAGUUUGAUAGACCAGUUGGCCAGGCCCGGGCGUAUGUUCAUCCCGGUAGAGGACGACGGUGGUUGGGGCAGCCAGUGGAUCUGGGUGGUCGAUAAGGAUAAAGAUGGAAAGGUGACGAGGAAGAAGGACAUGGGAGUUAGGUACGUGCCGUUGACGGAUGCCCCAACCUGA